GCAGGACGGGUGUGAAUAGUGAACGACAGGAGAGACUCAGUCCUCUUCCUCUUCUUCUUCUUCUUCUUCUUCUUCUUCUUCUACUACUAGGCUACUUCUACUUUUUGUUCGGUUUAAUAGACUACGCGAGAGAAAAAGAGUGUGUGUGUGUGUGCAGGAAAGAGAGAGAGAGAGAGAGAGAGAGAGAGAGAGAGAGAGAGAGAGAGAGAGAGAGAGAGUCGCACAGGUUUUUGGAGCUACGCUUUCAUGCCGUCAGUCUUGCGGACUCUGAGAUGGACGUCAGAUUUUAUCCAGCUCCCCCUUCAAGCGUGGGUUCAUGUACGUUACCGACUGACUCCGGUUUGGACUAUUACCACGCCAACAAGAGCAGAUACGCUGCUGCAGAUCGAGGUGUGAGACUCUACAGUUCCCUGCCCAUGCGCCCAAACCCUGACAGCAAGAGACUGCCCUCUACUGGGUUUGAUGGUGACAACAUGUACAUGAAUGAAAACAACCAUGAUUUCCUCCCGCCAAACCAGAACUACACAGGUCAGAGUGGCGGCGGCGGGGGAGGAGGUGGAGGCGGUGGCUCGGGCAGUGGAAACGGAGCCGGGGACGAAGACUACGAGAUCCCCCCUAUCACUCCACCUAACCACCCUGAGCCUCCUCUUCUUCACCUGAUGGAGCAUGACUCUACAGGCUACCUCUGCCACUCGCUGCAACACAAUGGGCUCAUCAACCCGUAUUCCUACCCAGAGCUGCCCACACUCAUGAUGUCUAACAUGCUGGCACAGGACAGCCACCUCGUCUCCAGCCAAAUGCCCUCGAUGCAGGAGAUGGCUUUGCACCACCACCACCACCACCAACAGCAACACCGUCACCAUCAGCACCCAGACGGCGCUCAUUAUGACCCCACCCGUAACCACCCCCUGAUUAACAGCUCACCUCCGAUACUGCCCAACCCCAUGAGUGCACUGACCCAGCUAAACCCUCAUGUCAGCAGGAGUGCACUGCCUCAUGGUUCCCCCUCACCUCCCGGAAGUAAAUCGGCCACACCCUCCCCCUCAAGCUCCAAUCAGGAAGAGGAGACUGAUCCUCAUUCGAAGAUGGUCUUCCAGAUCACGGGCGAGAAGCGGCCGUCUUCAGAGAUGAUGAAGCCCAAGCCCAAACCCCAAAAAAAGAAGAAGAAGAAGGAUCCCAAUGAGCCUACAAAGCCUGUGUCAGCCUAUGCCUUGUUCUUCAGAGAUACCCAGGCAGCCAUUAAAGGACAGAAUCCCACCGCCACCUUUGGAGACGUAUCCAAGAUAGUGGCUUCCAUGUGGGACGGACUGGGAGAGGAGCAGAAACAGAACUACAAGAGGAAAACAGAGGCUGCUAAGAAAGAGUACCUGAAAGCCCUGGCCGCCUACAGAGCCAGUCUGGUUUCCAAGACAUAUAAUGAUCCUGUGGAGACAAAAAGUGCCCAAACAAGCCAGGCUUCUCCACAUAUGAUGCCAGCCAACCCGCCCCUGUACAGUGUGCCACAUCCCCCACAGCCGUCGUCGCCCUACCUGGGGCCCGGGGCCUUCCCUCUCACCGACCUGCAGAGCUACGCAGGACACGCCCCUCGCCACACCCUGUCGCAGACGCUCAGCCAAUCGCAGAUGCUGCCCAGCAUUAGUGCCUCUCCCCCUUCCUCCUUCCAGAUCAGCCCACCCCUUCACCCCCACCAGCAGCUCUCCCUGCACCAGAGCUCGCUCCUCAACCAGCCUAUCCGCAUGCAGCAGGUCCAGUCCCAGCCAAUCAUCUCUCACCAGAUGGGGCUGCAGGCCUCUCUUCACUCUCCACCUCCUGGACAGCAGGGGUUUUCCCACCUCCAGUCAGAGUAUCAGAAGAGCAUUGGUGGCUCCCAGUCUCCAGGAGCCCCUGGACCUGGUCCGGGCCCUGGAGUGGCUCAGAGCCAUGACUGGGACAGUGAAUACUGCAAUCGGGAGUGUGGCAACCACUGCAGUGGCAGCAUGAUUGGCAGGGACAAGCCACUCUACCUCACCUGAAACUGAAGAUCAUGGUCUGUCGACAAAUAUGACACGAGGAGUCUACUCUCAUCCCCUCAUCCCCCCUCACCCCUAUCCCCUCAACCCUCUUCUGAUCUGCACACACUUACACACAGUUCACACCUAACAUACAAUAACAUACAUACACAUGCAAACACACAUUCCACCUCCCAAAUCACCACCACUUUCUUUUUGUCAAUGUAAUUAUUAUUUCUUUCAGUUUCUAGAAGAAUUUGUGAGUUUUUUGACUAGAUGACUGCUGUCUGUACCACUUAAUGUAUUAGCAGUCCUCUUGCUGUUUAAAAUUUGCCAAGCACUUAUAAGGCCCCCCUCCCAUCCCCUCCCCUCCCUCCUGCUCCCACCAUCCUCUCUGAGCUGUGUGUCUAUGCCCUCCACGAUAUACAGGCCGGGCUAUUAGAGCACUCCUCUUCUGUGUCACCAUCAAAGUCCCCUCAGGGACCCCAUCCAGCUUUAAUUAGAAUGAGAAAGAAAAAAAAAUACUCUUCCUCUUCUUUAAUCAUUUUAAUUUCCCUUUUGUGUUUUUUUUCUUCUUUUCUUUUUGUUGUUGUUGUUGUCGUUGCUGUUUUAUUUAUUUCUGGCUUGCAAAAUUGUUCCUCUUUUUUUGCCAAUAAGCGUUGGGCCCUGUACUGUAGAAAAAUAUUAACUUCUAGUAGGUUCAGGCUUUGAUGUUAUGGUAGCUUUGCUUAAGGGCCUGCAAAUUGAUACAAAAAGCUUGGGUGGGGAAAAGAAACAAAACAAAAAUAGUCUUUUUUUAAUAUUUAAGACCUGUUAAGGUCUACUGAGCUGUCACAGUGUGAUUGUAAAUAUCACUUUUAUGGGAUCAAAUUGGGAAUCGGAAGUCCGGAUAGAUUUGUUUCUUCUUUAAUAUUACAUGUAAGUCAUUGUGUGUGUGUGCGUGUGUCUGGACGUGAGAAUGUACCCCAUUCAUGACGUGUGAAGUCGGGUGUGUAUGUGUGUAUGUGCACGGACACACACUUGCGUGCAAGAGUGUCUCAGUGUUCGAGUGUUGAGUCUUUCUCGUGAAUUUUAACAGCCUUGUGCAGCUGGAUUUCAGAGGAGUAUUUCACACUCUCGUUCUUGCAUUAAAUCUGUGCUCACUGGUGUGUUUUUUUUCCAAUAAAGUUCAAUCUAAAACUGAAUACACAAUAUGUGUCCUGCAGAUCAUUAAAUGGAAAGAGCCAGGUGAGAGAUUGAGAGGAAAAAGAUUUGAAAGAGAGAAAGAAACGCUGUGAGAUAAAAUGAGAUAUAAUGUUACAGGUAAAAAAAAAAAAAA